ACCUGAAGUGCAUAUACAACACAAUCACUAGUUACAAUUUGUUGCAUAGUUUUAAGAUUACUGGAGUAAGGAAAAUGGGACACAAGGGUGAGGGUGUUACUGUAGGGUGCAAAGUCCUACCCAUUUGCGACGCGGUCUCGGCGACCGGGCCCAACGGCGCGGACAGCGGCGGAGAGGGUUCGUCGGAGAAGGAGGCCGGGCGUAGUGGGGAGAGGCGGCGUGCGCUGUCGCGGAUGAAGGAGCUCAUCAAGUGGGCAGCAGCAGCUAAGUCCCACAAAGUUGGUAGCAAAGCAUGGAAGAUCUUGUACUUCAAAAGCAGAGCAUCACUUAAGGACCCACUUGAUGACCAUAUGAGCUCGAACUCGAGCAAGAUCAGCUUCCGGUGGGACGUCGGCAGCUGCUCGUCGACGUCGACGGUGUAUUCACCGUUGUCAGCGUUCGCAUCCACAGCGCGAACCACACAUAUGAUAGUGAAGAGCUGCUCCAACCUCUCAGUUGCUCUGCAAAGCACAGAGUGUGAUGAUCUCAGAAACUCAUGCAGCCUAAACACUGAGGGGGGGUGUGUCAGAACAGGGCAGUGGAUCACUACAGAUUCUGAUUUUGUGGUGCUGGAGCUAUGAAAAGGAAAUGAAGGAAACUGGGUGUGCUAAAAUGAUCUCUCUCUGGAACAAUUGGCAACAACCAUUCCUCAUGGUGGAAACAAUGGAAAAUUGAAACAACAAAUCAAAAUGGGAGGAUAUUAACUAAGCAUCAAGCAGAGUACGAUGAAUGUAAAUCUCCUAUGAAGGGUUUAGACAAUAAUGCAAUUCUAAAAUUAGCACUUGGAUAAAGCUUGGUACCAUGAAACAUUAGUUCAGUAGAGUGACAAAUGCAAACUAAUCCAAACUCAUAAUUUAUUCUAAUUUCGAAUC